AGGAGCAUCUGGCUGUUGGAUAUGGGGCGCAAGAGUUACUUAUAAACAAGUAUCAGAUAAAUAUCAUAGUAUAAAAAGAUGCUUGGUUGAUAAAUUUGUUGAAAUGUGUAAAACAUGUAAAAUAUGCAGAUUAUCUAGCAAACCUUUAGCCAUAAGACCUAUUAUUAGCAAGUUUUUUAUGCAACAGCUUCAGAUAGCACAUGCCAGAGAUCAUUUCUCAUGUUUUUUCUGGGGCUGCAUUCUUACUGAUAAAUGUGCAGCAAAGAUGGCUGUGUUCUUGUUUGACAUCUUUACUGUAUUUGGACUGCCGAUCUUUCUUCAAAGUGAUAAUAGGCGUGAGUUCACUGCAGAUAUUAUUAACAAUCUCUCAAAACUCUGGCCAAAUCUUAAAAUAAUUCAUGAAAAGCCGAGAAGGCCGCAAACCCAAG